GUCCAGUCAUGGCUACCGACACACAAAAAGUAGCUGUGUUCUUUAUCAUGGCUUUCCUCAUUCUUGUGAAUGCCUGGUUGCUUUUGCAGGUUGCUUUUGGAUAGAAGCCUCUCAAACCAGAGCUGGAUCACUCGCCUCUUUUUUUUUCUUUUUUCUUUUUGAGCAUGCUGGAGCUUUUCUCUGGGAUAACAACAGACUGUGCAGUGACCUGUGAGCUGUAGGAUGCUGUGGCUUUGACUGACAAAGAAGCCUUUUUUUAUCAGAACAGCUGUCAACAGGGACAGCUACUGAAUGUUAGCUGCGUUUUUCUUGCUUCUGAUUAUCUUGUUAUUUUUAUGUUUAGUCAUUGUGUACUGCAGGGCGUGCUUUUAUUUUGAAGGCCUCUACCGGAAGUGUGGGAUGCUCUGCUUUAUUUAUCAUCGAGAUAUAUAAUUUUUCUCGUGUUUUUGUCAGUGUUUUAAUGCAGUUUAGGACAGCCAUCACAGUCCAUAGGUUGAGGGGUAUUUUGCCGUGUGACACGCCGGUGUGUGGAGCCUCCAGCAUGGCCGGAGGAUAAACAGCAGGACACGCAGGUGCUUCCACUUGCGUCGCCGUCGUCUGUCGGCGUUAGCGGGGCUGUAAUCUGGCUGAAAGGUUCGUAGGGAGGGAGGCUGAGAGGCCAUGACGAGGUCGACUGGCUGUUGUCGUGGGUUAGCGGGCUUUUUAUAGCCGACGCCGAGCUCCGUCCUGCUGGACCACCGGGGAGGAGGACGCGGCGCGACCUUGCAGACGCAGACAUGGACCUGACGCGGCUGGCUGUGGAUGCGGGUCAGUUCAUCAACCGCGCUGUUCAGUACACCGGAGAGAGUCUUGGCCAGGCGGAUAAGACGGAGUUGGACCCCGGGCUGGAGGAGCUGCUGGCCCGGGCAGACGCCACCAAGACCUGGACGGACAAGAUAAUCUCCGGGACUGAGGUUUUACUGCAGCCCAACCCCGGAGCGCGGCUAGAGGACCGGCUGUAUGGGUCCCUGGACUGGGCCGUCCCACCCCGGCCUCGUGCAAAUGAGGCUCUGGGAGACCAGAUGAUCCAGGCUGGGAUGGAAUUUGGGACCAAUACACCUUAUGGAAUGGCUCUGCUCAGAUGUGGAGAGGCUCAGAAGCAGCUCGGCGAGGCAGAGAAGAAGUUCGUCCAAAGCACCAACAUCCACUUUCUCAACCCUCUGAGGAGGUUCUCUGAGGGGGAGUACAAAGCUAUACAGGAUGAGCGCAGGAUGUUGGUAAAUAAGCGUUUGGACUUAGACAUCGCUAUUGCCAGAGUGAGGAAAGCCCACGAAGCGGACCGAGAGGCCAGAAAUCUAAAUGCGAACCCGCUGGAUGACGACUACAUCGCUCACGUCUCGUACAUGUUCAGCUUCCUGCGUGUUAAAUGGCUAAAGAUAUGGGCUCAGGAAAUCUCUCAGGCUGAGAUGGAGCAGAGGAUCUGUCAGAGUCUGUUCGAUCGUCAGUCGCAAAUUACAAGACAAGUUGCGGAAGGAAUCAGCAACAUUCACAUCAACCACAUGCGGACGCUGACUGACUUUGUGGAGGCUCAGGCCUGUUAUUUCGAUCAGUGCCACCAACAUGCUAAGGACCUUCAGAAACAGCUGGCCAGCAUUCCGGCAGUCCUCUGCUCCAACAACUGGCAGUCGGCAGUUAAUGAGCCAUCAACAAGCGACCAUGUAGCCAACGAGCCCGUCGGGUUGAAUCAUGUCACCCCGCUUCCCGUAAUCGUCCACCAACUUCCAGAAUUCAACCAGGACUCGUGGACCGUAAAUCCAGCAGAUUCCUCUGUAAACACGCAGCCACCUAAUCAGACAAAUAACAAUAACAACACCCUCUUCACAAUCGGCCAGGCCACCACCAGCUGUUCAGCAGGCGACCAUCAUAUCUGUACAUCAAACUUGGACGGUAACCCAACUGAUCAGAUGUCAGCACUCAGCAGAUCCAACGGUGCAGAUGGUCUAACAACAACAACAACAACAGCCUCCCCACCUUCUGAGCCUCAGACAGCAGGUACAGCCGCUAGUGAGAUGGUAACAACGGCUGACAUGGAUCUGGAGAGCUCGACAACCAAUGGCACGGCUGAAGAAACCCAAACAACCAAUGGGAUGGCAAACGAGCUGCCCACCAUUAAUGCAGAAGAUGUUCAGGAGUCAUCGAAGGACAGUGAGGCGGGCUUCAGUAAAGACUAAUGUCAGGUGGUGGGAUGAUGUGACGUGGCACUCCCUAAAAACCUUGUAUUUCACCUGAGACAGUGCCUGAUCAGAGUGGGUGUGUUGUCACCUGUCAAAGGGAAGAUUUUGAAUUUGUUGUGAUCAAUCGCUGAUCGUGUUCCUUGUGAACCCAAAAGCUUUAAGAUUCAUUAUGAUUUGACUCGCAACCAUGAUCUCUCUCACUAGUUCUGUUGCUUAAAACUAACCAAACUGCAACUGAAAACUAAAGAUAAUAUUUUAAAUGCCUCAAAACAAUAAACUCAGCAAGGCUUAAAGUAAAAAUCCAAAUAGGACACAGACUCCAGCUGCAUGGAGAACAUAUGUGAGAUCCAUACGUCCAGCACUACUUGUCCACUAUUCUACCAUAUCAUAACUUCCUAAAGGCUUCCCAGCAGAUAACUUCUCACAUGACCACCCAACUUGUCUUACGAAGCAGCCCAUCACUUCCCAUGCAGACAGAUGAGAUGAGGUCAAAUAACCAGUUGAUUAAAAAAAAACACUGUGCCGUCGAGCACAGGCUGAGACGGUCACCACGCCCAUCCAGGCGAAAUACCAAGUUUUUAGUGAGAGCUGAUGAGACAUCGAGCCAAAAACACAUCAGCUGUGAUGGACUCUGAUUGGAGAAUAGACUGUAUUAGAAAAGGAGCAGAUAUACAAUCAUUAUCAACAUGUUGUGUGAUUAAGAAAACAUUAAUUAAUCCCAUAGGGAAGAUGAUGUGAAGUAGUUAUAAAAGUGCUUAUUUUUCUAAACGUGAAUUAGUGCCACAAUAACUUGUAGCCUUUAGCCAAAUUCAUAUAUUAUUCAUGUUGUGUGAAAAUGCUGACUGUUGAGUAUCAGUCCCCUCUCGUGGCGAUGGAUGUCUGCCGUUGUAAUCUCUCCUGGCCUCUGGCCGGAAGACGAGGCCUGACCGACUGUUAUAUAUUUGCAAUGUGCGAUCAUGACAAAGUUGUUUUUCAGUCCUUGAAACUAAAUCUUUAUUUUUACAUUUAGCUAAACGAGAGAACUAACGACAUUUUGUGCCAACUGUAUGUUUGUGUAUUUGUCUGUGUGAAAAACGUCCGUUCACAUGUGGGCGUCUGUGUGUUUGUGUUCAUGUCUGUCAGCGACCCAUGUGCACUCACCUGUGAUUACAGCGCCCCCCAAACCUGUGACACCUUUAAAGAGAGGUGUGUGUGUGUGUGUAUAUAUGUAUGUAGACUCUGCCACCUCAUGACACGUGCUUCUAUAAGCUGAGGUCAUUUUCCAUAGGAAACAUGUCAGUUAAAGUGUGUCGGGAAGUCCGAGCUGAACGGGACCUUUAUGCCAGGUUAUAAAAUAUGUCUCCUCAUACGUACUCGGGGUGUUCCCCCCCUAAACUCACAGUCAAAUCACAUAUUCACUUUUACCCUUUACCCCCUUAAAGCCCCCAAUAGGUGGAAUUGGUUGAAGUUUCCAAGUCCAGAUGUUGUUAAUUUUCUCCAUGAGGGCAGCCCUGCUCUACUCUGGUGUGGGUCUACUCUGGGGACCCCUGAUGGAAACACACAUAAAUGUAGUGCUGGUCCUGCUGAUGUAAUCGCCCACUAGCUCUAAGCUCUACGCUUUCUGUCCCAGCAUGUAAAGAUGUGUGUGUGUAUGGGUGGCUGCAGUAUUCAGUUGUAGCCGCUGCCAGCGUGAGGUCGGAGUUUUCACUUGAUUCAUGUAAAGAUGUGGAAAUAAAUAUGCAAACAGUGAU